ACGCACGCACUCAGGCUCGGUCGCUCGAGAACUCUCGCGCCCCCUUUUUCUGAUUCCAACUCCAAAAUGGCCACGCGUCACCUCGCCCCUCUCCGUCUCCCCCUCAUCUUCUUCAAAACCCUCUCCCCUCCGCGCCCCCUUUCUCGACCCUUCCCCCGAUCCCUGGCUCGGAGCUUCGCGGUCUCUUCCAUGGCGUCUCCUCCCUCCUCGAAGAAGGUGCUGGUCCCGAUCGCGAACGGGACGGAGCCGAUGGAGGCGGUGAUCAUCAUCGACGUGCUCCGCCGCUCCGGCGCCGACGUCACCGUCGCCUCCGUCGAGAAGGACCUCCGCGUCGACGCGUGCUGGGGCGUCAAGCUCGUCGCCGACGCCCUCGUCGCCGAUUGCGCCGGCUCGGCUUUCGAUCUCAUCUCGCUUCCCGGAGGGAUGCCGGGGGCGGCGAAUCUUCGGGAUUGUGGUGUGUUGGAGAGUAUGGUGAAGAAGCACGCCGAGAACGGCGGGCUCUAUUCUGCGAUAUGUGCGGCGCCGGCCGUGGCCCUGGGAUCAUGGGGCCUGCUCAAGGGCUUAAAGGCAACUUGUUAUCCUUCUUUCAUGGAUAAGUUUCCUUCGGACACUGUUGCGGUGGAAUCAAGAGUACAAGUGGAUGGCAAAGCUGUGACAAGCCGUGGAGCAGGAACUGCCAUGGAGUUCUCUCUUGUUUUGAUUGAGCAUCUGUAUGGGAAAGAUAAAGCAGCUGAAGUUGCAGGACCUCUGGUUAUGCGCCCUCAUCAUGGAGUUGAGUUCGCCAUGAAAGAGCUGAACCGUGUGGAAUGGAAAUUUAAUGGAACACCUAAUAUCCUUGUGCCAAUUGCUAAUGGCUCAGAGGAGAUGGAAGCUGUUAUGAUCAUCGACAUUCUGCGGCGAGCAAAAGCUAAUGUUACAGUUGCAUCAGUCGAAGACAAGUUAGAAAUUGUGGCAUCCAGGAAAGUGAAAAUAGUCGCUGAUACACUGUUGCAUGAUGCUAGUAAGCAGCAAUAUGACCUUAUUGUCUUGCCGGGUGGUCUCGGUGGUGCUAAAGCCUUUGCAAAUUCAGAGACACUUAUCAAUUUGCUCAAAAAGCAGGCCGGAUCAAACAAGCUUUACGGGGCUAUAUGUGCUUCCCCAGCUAUAGCCCUCGAGCCCCAUGGCUUGCUUAAGGGUAAGAAAGCGACAGCAUUUCCACCCAUGUGCGACAAACUCUCCGAUCAGAGCGAGUGCGAGAAUAGGGUCGUGGUUGAUGGGAACUUGAUUACGAGUAGAGGUCCGGGGACUGCAAUGGAGUUCUCUCUGGUCAUUGUUGAGAAGUUCUUUGGCCGGGAAAAAGCACUCGACCUCGCCAGGAGUCUGGUGUUCAUGUGAUUCACCAGUAGAAGAUACAGCUGCUGAGAAAUUGCUUUGUCUGAAUCAGGCUUUUCUCCUUGUCUUUGAAGAGAGCUUGUAAAUCUUUUCUCCAUCUAUGCAUGAUGCAUCUCCCGCGCGUCCGCGUCAUCUUUGGUAUGAUGAUGGUUGCUUUGUACUUAUAAGGUGAGAAAUUUGACCUGGCCUGUUUGAGUGCUCUAGUAAUCUUUAAAUAAAUAAUACUCACCGGUGUUUGGUUGAGCUGCGAUUGUGAAUAUAAUGCACUUAAGUACUACUGCAAUUCAGGGUAA